UGUCCACUGAUGAAAGGAGGGGAGACAGACAGCAUGUUUUCGACCAGCAGAAGCAGAUAAAAGACUUUUUUCUCCCUUAAACUUCCAAUGGCGUGUGUGCCGCUAUUGGUGUCUGGACUAGCAGGAACGUCACAGCCCGUCGCUUAGAUCAACAGUUCAAAAGGCAGGAGCUGAAAAUGGCAGCCAGAGAAGCCCUGUAUUUAACAAUGGUGAUCUCUACAGUCUUCAGCGCCCUGGAGGAAUGCCCGACACGAUGUACCUGCUCCAUGAAAUAUCGACGUCAUUUUGCUGAAUGCUCCUACAAAGACUUAUCUGAAAUCCCAUCUGACUUGCCUCAUAAUGUUGCCACUGUCAGUCUCUCAGCUAACAAGAUCCAUUUGGUACCACGGGGCAUUUUUGACAACGUUACCCAGAUGAUGUCGCUGUGGAUGGCACACAAUGAAAUCGUCGCCAUCCAACCGGGAAGCCUCAAAUCCCUGGUUCAUCUGCGUAACUUAGACAUCAGUCAUAAUAAGUUAGCUGACUUUCCGUGGGGCGAUAUGCAGAAUCUGACAAGGCUGCAGUUGCUAAAGAUGAACCACAACGAAAUGGUCAGCCUGCCUCGAGAUGCCUUGGCUAACCUCAAAGACCUGAGGUCCCUUCAGCUGAACAAUAACAAGCUUUUAACUAUAUCUGAGGGGACGUUUGAUUCUUUAACUUCGCUGUCCCAUUUGCAGCUCUUCAACAAUCCUUUUGCGUGCACUUGUUCUCUCAGUUGGUUUAGAGAUUGGUUUUUAACCACAACCAUCUCAGUACCCAAAAUGAACUUGAUCACUUGCUCUACUCCAAAGGAACUUAAAGGAGAGAUGAUUGUGAAUUUAGCCGAGUCCAGAUGCACACAGCCGACUGUUACAAUACGGACUCAUCCUAAUAUCGGCAACACAACUUUAUACGAGGGUGAUACCUUGGUCUUAGCUUGUGAAUUUCAAGGAAACCCAAAGCCGUUGGUCAUGUGGAGUAUUCGCAGUCGACCACAAGAACCGAAUCAGUCAUAUCCAAAGGAGAGAUCCUUUUUCUCCGGUAAUCCCAUCAAAAUCCAUCAUAACGGAACCAUCAUCAUCUCGCAUCUCAGCAAGGAUGACAGCGGCAACUAUAGCUGCUCGGCGUCAAACAAGUUUGGUACCGCAACAGACUCACUGGAGGUUAAAGUGUUAUCAGAGCCAACAUCUUUAACGGAAGUGCCCGAAGCAGUCAUUUCCGAUACAACACAACAAAUAGUAACUGGAAAAACUGUUUUUUAUUCUGUCGCCGAUAGAAAAGAUGUCGUGCCUACUUCCUUUCCCACUGAACCACAGUAUUUUGAGGAGUUAAUAGAAGCGACUAAAUGCGGACUGACCGCUAAAACGAUACAUAAUUCCAAUCAUGUCUCAAAUAGGAGCAUGGAUGACUCUCAAUACAUGUUUGACUUCGGUGUCAUUGCCCUGGGGGUGUCGGAAACAGAGGUCACAGUAAGACUCAACCCUCUUCUUAUACCCGGAGACAGGCAUAAAAACUGGACCGUUCUGGUCACACCGGAUAGCCGUCACAAUGCCAGCGAAAAGCCUCACAGGCAUUCAGACAACUCCGACGAAAUCCGUUCAAGUGGAUUGUAUCUGUGUGUCACCACCGAGCGCAAACACUCGCCUGUGCUGUGGUCGCAGAUCAAAGACGGAAUCAACACCUACUUACUCGGCGGUCUCCGGCCUAGUACCAACUACUCCCUGUGUCUGACUUACAAGGGCGAGGACUGUGAAGUACAAGUGCUCUUCACAACCAAAAGGAAGGUCCCUAAUCUGAUCAUCAUCAUCUCAGUCAGCGUCUGCCUUCUCACUGUGUCAACUGUCCCUCUACUAGGAGCUACGUGUUUCCACUUGGUGUACAAAUACCGCAGCAAGACGUACAAGCUCAUCAUGAAGGCCAGAGACCAGUACCAGAUGGAAAGAACGCUUGGCGCGAACAUCAACAUCCACGCACCGCUAACGGAGUCACAAGGGAACAUUACCACCAGUCAACUGGAGGAAGAAGAUCCGACCACCGAGAGUAUAGAUGGAGAGAAAGAGGCGGAUACCGAAGAAAGUGUAGUGACUGAAUCCGUCACGUUGUCUCAGUCCAGAGGCAAUUUGGAUGACUGCGAGGUUGCAUCAGAGUUGAGUGAGGGUCUUCCUUUGGGGGCUGAAGCUGUUAAUAUUACACACAAUGAGAAAUAUGUACAUCAGUGAUUGUGAACCUGUAGUAGCAUAGCAUAAUGUUACAACAUGUAGCCGUACUUCAGUCAGAUAUGACAACAAACUACCUAGCAGGUAAUCAACUAACUAACUAACUAACCAGGCAGUAAUGAAUGUAGCAGGUAGUGCAAUAAUAAAAUAAAAAGGUACGAUUCACAGUGUUGGGAGUAACGGUGUUAAAAAAUAACAGCGUUGCUGUUUUCCAGUAUUGGGUAAUCUAAUCGAUGACUAUGUUAAAUGUUACAAUGGUGUUACCGUUACUGGUGUAUUAUUAUACGUAAAUCCAACCACUGUUAUCUGCUCGUCGGUACGCAUCAUAGAGCUGUGACAAUGAGACCUAAGUCAAAUACAGUAAACCUCGGAUAUAUCGGAUUCGAUUGUUCCCACUGGUUUUGUCCGAUAUAAGCGAAAUCCGUUAUAUGCGUAUACCGGAAAAUGUCGGUUUUACGCAUAUAUCGGAUUUAUAUCCGGUAUAUGCGUAAAUCGGAUUUUAUCCGUUAUAAAAAGGCACUUCCUUGACUAUGUUUCCAAUGUACCUGGACGCGCAGGCAACGCUGCAAACGCUGCAAAUGACGUCGUAUAGCGGCCUGUCACGAUUCGGCGAAUCGGAGCGCCACGAUGCCGCCAUGCGAUAUAUGCGAGGGAAAUUUAAUGGAAAUGCAUUGGAACGGGACUGGAGAUUUUGUCCGAAAUAGGCGAAAUCCGUUAUAAAAAAUCCGAUAUAUGCAAUGAAUUUUUAUUGGAAAUGCAUUACAGAAAAAUUGGUUCUUUUUUAUCUGUCCGUUGUGAGCGAAUUUCCGAUAUAUCCGAGGU